GCAAUGCAUUUCUAUAAUUUAAUUGUGCUUUGCCUGAUUCAUUUUUUGGAUUUGACAGCCAGGUAUAAUGAACAGGAUGGAUUAAUUUUUUGCACACCUAACUAUAGAGGAUGGUGCUGGAAUAACAAUGCAAGUACUUGGAGCUACGGAAGAUAGAUGCGAUAUCCGCAUGAGACCAACGAUCAGGUUGUAGAACAAGCCCUAUAAGAAUAUUUUACGAUUCGAUAAAAAAAAAACAAACUUCAGGGUCAAUAA